AUGCCUGCCUCUGGAGGUUCAGACCCAAAGUCAGAGGACUACUCCACUGCCAUACUGAAACAGAAGAGUAGGCCAAACAGACUCAUCGUGGAUGAAGCUCUGAAUGAGGACAACAGCAUUGUCUGUCUCUCCCAGGUUAAGAUGGAGGAGCUGCAGCUCUUUCGGGGGGACACUGUCGUUUUGCGUGGGAGGAAAAGACGUCAGACCGUCUGCAUCGUCCUCACAGACGACACGUGCGGCGACGAGCGUAUUCGCAUGAACCGCGUGACACGUAACAACCUGCGUGUGCGCCUCGGCGAUGUCAUCAGCAUCCAUCCCUGCCCUGAUGUAAAGUAUGGGAAGCGUGUUCACGUUCUGCCCAUAGACGACACAGUGGAGGGCCUGACUGGGAACCUGUUUGAGGUGUUUCUUAAGCCAUACUUCCUAGAGGCCUACAGACCAGUUCACAAAGGGGACAUUUUCCUGGUGAGGGGGGGUAUGAGAGCAGUGGAAUUUAAGGUCGUAGAGACAGACCCCACUCCCCACUGUAUCGUUGCCCCGGAUACCAUCAUCCACUGUGAAGGAGAGCCAAUCAAAAGAGAGGAUGAAGAGGAGAGCCUGAACGAUAUCGGUUACGACGACAUCGGCGGCUGCCGUAAACAGCUGGCUCAGAUUAAAGAGAUGGUCGAGCUGCCGCUCAGACACCCGGGACUCUUCAAAGCCAUCGGAGUGAAGCCCCCGCGUGGGAUUCUGCUCUACGGCCCCCCAGGAACGGGCAAAACCCUGGUGGCUCGUGCCGUGGCCAAUGAAACCGGAGCUUUCUUCUUCCUCAUCAACGGCCCUGAGAUCAUGAGUAAGCUGGCAGGUGAGUCAGAGAGUAACCUGAGGAAGGCCUUCGAAGAGGCAGAGAAGAACGCUCCGGCCAUCAUCUUUAUCGAUGAACUGGACGCCAUCGCACCCAAGAGAGAGAAGACUCACGGGGAGGUGGAGCGGCGAAUCGUCUCUCAGCUGCUCACCCUGAUGGAUGGGCUGAAACAGCGCGCUCACGUCGUUGUCAUGGCGGCAACUAACCGACCCAACAGCGUGGACCCGGCCCUGCGCCGCUUCGGCCGAUUUGACCGAGAGAUCGAUAUUGGCAUCCCAGAUUCCACUGGUCGCCUGGAGAUCCUCCAGAUUCACACUAAGAACAUGAAACUCGCCGACGAUGUUGACCUAGAGCGGAUCUCCACAGACACCCACGGGCACGUGGGGGCGGACCUGGCAGCGCUGUGCUCAGAGGCGGCGUUGCAGGCCAUCCGUAAGAAAAUGACUCUCAUUGACCUGGAGGAUGAGACCAUUGACGCUGAUGUACUCAAUUCACUCGCUGUUACCAUGGACGACUUCAAGUGGGCAUUGAGUCAGAGUAACCCUUCUGCUCUGAGAGAGACAGUGGUGGAGGUCCCUCAGGUAAACUGGGAGGACAUCGGAGGACUGGAUGAGGUGAAGAGAGAACUACAGGAACUUGUACAGUACCCUGUGGAGUACCCUGACAAGUUCCUGAAGUUUGGGAUGACUCCGUCUCGUGGUGUGCUGUUCUACGGACCUCCGGGCUGUGGAAAGACUCUGCUGGCCAAAGCCAUCGCAAAUGAGUGCCAGGCCAACUUUGUGUCCAUUAAAGGGCCAGAGCUGCUAACAAUGUGGUUCGGAGAGUCUGAGGCUAACGUGAGGGAUGUGUUUGAUAAGGCUCGUCAAGCAGCUCCGUGCAUUCUGUUCUUUGACGAACUUGACUCCAUCGCCAAGGCCAGAGGGGGCGGGGCCGGGGACGCAGGGGGCGCGGCCGACAGAGUCAUCAACCAAAUCCUCACCGAGAUGGACGGCAUGACCAACAAGAAGAACGUGUUCAUCAUUGGAGCGACCAACAGGCCUGAUAUCAUAGACCCGGCCAUUCUGAGACCUGGACGUUUAGAUCAGCUGAUUUAUAUCCCGCUGCCAGACACGCCAUCUCGCACAGCUAUUCUCAGAGCUAAUCUACGCAAGUCUCCUGUCGCUCGAGAUGUGGACUUAGAGUACCUGUCCCGCAUAACUGAGGGUUUCUCUGGAGCUGAUCUGACAGAGAUUUGCCAGAGAGCGUGUAAACUGGCCAUCAGAGAGGCCAUCGAGGCAGAGAUCCGCGCCGAAAGACAGAGACAGACCAACAAAGACGCCGCCAUGGAUGAUGAUUAUGAUCCGGUGCCUGAGAUAAGGAAGGAUCAUUUCGAGGAGGCAAUGCGUUUUGCACGUCGCUCCGUCAGUGAUAAUGACAUCCGCAAAUAUGAGAUGUUUGCCCAGACUUUACAACAGAGUAGAGGCUUUGGCAAUUUCAGGUUUCCCUCUGCUGGUCAGUCUGGCGGAGGUCAGGGGUCAGGGCAGGGAGACUCAGGAGGUCUGUACAGAGAUGAAGGAGAUGAUGACCUCUAUCAGUAA